UUUUGCAAAAUACUAGCAGUAGUUUAAAAAAUUAUUUAUGUAAAUAGUUUUGAUUUUUGAAUAAUUAAAGAACAAAAAUUAGUUAUUUAUUUAGUUUUUUUAAUAUUGUUUCGUAAUUCGAAAGUGAAAUAAUUUCUCAGUUCGAAUAAAUGUAAAGUACGAGCUACUUUUAAAUGUCACUGAUGUGGUUCUAGAAGUCAUCAUUUCCUAAACGGUAAAAUUCUUGAAUGGAUGAAAGUAAUUACGAUUCUCCAGACGAAUAUACAAGCCUGAUGGACGCUCACGUUGCUGAAACACGAACUGAUAGCUCAGGAUUAGUUACUGAGAGGAGAAAAAGACGUUUAAAGACGCCUAAUGAUGAGGCUGGAGCCGUUCCAGAAGUUCGUAUUGAAACACCCAGUUCAUCUUCAUUUUUUGGUGGCUCAAGAGGACUACCUCAACAUCCAGGUCAUGGUGAUGACCCAGGUGAUGGUUAUCAGCAAGAAGAGAUAGAAGAAGGAUUAAAAUAUGGCGCAACACAUGUUAUUAAACUAUUUGUCCCUGUAUCAUUGUGUAUGUUAGUAGUUGUUGCGACAAUCAGUUCUAUCAGCUUCUAUACGACAACAGGAGAAUAUUUGGUAUAUACACCAUUCCAUGAUGAGAAAGCUGAUACGAGCACGAAAGUUUUACAAGCAUUUGCUAAUUCGUUGAUCCUUAUGGGAUUAAUUGCAACCAUGACAGUGGUACUUAUAGUACUGUAUAAAUACAGAUUUUAUAAAGUUAUUCAUGCAUGGUUAAUAAUGAGCUCACUGAUGUUACUCUUCAUUUUUGCGACACUUUAUUGUGAAGAAGUACUAAAAGCUUACAACAUUCCAAUGGACUUUAUUACAUUGUCGAUAGUUUUAUGGAAUUUUGGAGUCGUUGGAAUGAUUUGUAUUCAUUGGCAAGGUCCACUAGCUCUUCAACAAGCAUAUCUAAUUUUCGUAGCUGCAUUGAUGGCACUUGUGUUCAUUAAAUAUUUACCUGAAUGGACUGUCUGGGUGGUUUUAGCGAUAAUAAGUAUUUGGGAUCUUAUUGCUGUAUUAACCCCCAAUGGCCCUCUGAGAGUUCUAGUAGAAAUGGCUCAAGAACGAAACGAAGCAAUUUUUCCAGCACUAAUUUAUUCAUCAACAAUUAUGUAUAGUUUCACUCUUUCCUAUGCUGGCUAUGUUGGUGCUGCGACAAUGGCGAAUGAAGAAUCAGCAGCAGGCGAUGGAGUACGAUCUCCAGCUCGUAUUCAUACACAGAAUGCUACACUUCCUGAUGGUGAAGAAACAGGAUUUACUAGAGACUGGGUUGAUAAUCAUGAAGAAAGAAGUGGAAGAAGAGUAGAUGAAAUGCGUGAAACUGGUGAAACAACAAGAAUUCAAUCGCGUGUACAACCACCCCAAAGUAACCAACCAUCACAAGGAUCACUUUCAGAAGAGGAACGUGGAGUAAAAUUAGGUCUUGGUGACUUUAUUUUCUACAGUGUUUUAGUAGGAAAAGCAUCAAGCUACGGUGAUUGGAAUACAACUCUUGCGUGUUUUGUAGCCAUUCUCAUUGGUUUAUGUCUUACCCUUCUUCUUCUUGCAAUUUUCCAAAAAGCUUUACCUGCACUUCCAAUUUCAAUAACAUUCGGUUUGAUAUUUUACUUCGCAACACGUGUUAUAGUAACACCAUUUGCUGAUAGUUUGGCUAGUGAACAAGUAUUUAUUUAGUUAUAAUUUACAUAAUGAGAAAGACUUACAAGAAUAAUACAAUUAAAUUAGACUUACACAAAAGACUUUUAUGACUUAUAUAGUAAAAUAAUAAAUUGUGUAAAAAAAAGUUUAAAUUUCAUUAAUAAUACUUAAUAAUAAUAAACAACUAAUUAUCUUCA